AUAUAUUCAUCAAGGAAUGUCAAGAGUCGACGAAGGCCCAACGAAGGAAAAAUAUCUCCAAAUGUGCGUCAAACUGUUCCAAAACCUACCGUCGGUACAGAACCCUCACCGCUAAUGGAAUCGGAUUCGAUGUUUGAUCGCACUUUUCGACCCUUAACACCCAUCGCUGAGACCUUGGUGGAUAAGUAUGAUACAGAUCUGCUGUCGUCAGAGGAUAUUUGGAAAAGUUAUAUGGAUAUGAAGAAGGGGCUUAUAAAGCCCUCGGAAGCAGUAUGGCCUUUGUGUUGCAUGGCGAAUUCGGAGCCUUCCAAAACUCCGCCUCCGAGUUUAUCGGAAUCUCCAAAUUCCAACGAAUUCCCUCCGAAAACAGUUCGAGUUAACAAAAACCUAUAUAAAAAGAAUACUUUUGAAACUGGUUUUGGGAGGAAAAUCGGAGAAAACGAGCAGCGGGUCUUGGAUCAGUGGAUAGAGUCGGAGGGGCUCAACGGGUCCUAUAAUGAUAGAGAAGAAUGGGAUUCAAAGGAAAAGGUCGAUAGUGACGCCCAAAAGCCUCAGAUUCUGGACAAUGAAGAUGUCGCCGUUGCUAACUUUACCAUUGGAAUCGAAGAGGAGCGGGCCAUCAAGGAAUGGAUAAAAUCGGAGGGGCUCAACGAACCCCAUAGUGAUAUAGAAGAGUUCGAUAUGUUAUUAAGCCUAGCCAGAGAUCAUGAGAAGAAUCGUGAUCUUCUGAUGGAGUUACUAAAGCCCAAGGUUCUUAUCUCCCAGGAAAAGGAUGUUUGGAAAAAGUUUUCUCCAAAGGUGUUCGAAAUGCCGCAAAAACCUGAUUCCGUAGAGCCUGAGUUAUGGAAAUCCCCACCCAACGAAAAGGUUUCCGUUGAAAAUAUUCCAGAAAAGGAACCACAGAAAGCAACUGAAUUCAAUGUGGGAAAACCAGAAAAGCCAGUUAUCCUCGAGGUCAAAGACAUUAAACCAUUACCGCCGAGGCCCGAGGAUGAGGAAGCUAUCCCCAGUUGGCUACAGCAAUGCAGUGAAACCAUUUCCCAACAACUGCAACUCCUCAUAUAUGAGGACAGUUCCAACAAUCCAACUGCUGCAGAACCAGAGGGCAUUGACUUCGAAACCGAGAUCAGCAAGGAGCAGAACAGCUUCACAGUUCGCCUCGAGGACUUCGAGUACAUCAUUGACCAAAACAUGACGGAGUUCAGGGACCCCCAAGCUAAGAGACUCCGCUCAAAGUGGAACCAGCAGUUUGGAUCAAAGUCGCUGGAGAAUUUGAGGCGAUGUCUUCUGCUUCCGCCUCUGCCAGAUCACUUGGACCAGUGCCUCCAGAGGAUUAGAAUCCUAAGGCGUCCCAACAAGCGCAAGGUCGAGGAAUUGCGCAUGCGCGUCGAAAUGAAUUUUUGCAAAAUGUAUUGCACACUGAGUAUUAAUAUGAACUUGAAUCCGCAACAUACGGUUAGGAACCUAAGGAACGCCGUUUACAAUGACGACAUCGAUGUGAUCCAAAUUCGGUAUGAGGCUACACAGAUAGCCUGGAUUUGGUCCGAUGGCAGUGUUUUGAUAAUCAAUGGAAGAGGCCAUGAGAUGCUUGCCGAAACACAAAAGGAUCUGAUGUUUAGGACCCUUGGGAAGGCGAACUUCAAAGCCGACUCCUCAAACAAGCUUCUUCAUCUGCGUCUCAUUUCCUGUGCCCACUUUCCAUGGGGGAUCUCUUUGCCGGAGUUCACUGCUUCAAGCGUUCUUUCUCCUGAGCCCCAUAUGAAGUAUGUCUACUACGUGGACAAGGCAGUUCCCGGGGUGGCGGCCCGUGUUCAUGAGACGGGAAUGGUCCAGGUGUUUGCCAUGACCACGGGUGAGGCGGAUAAUAUGCUGAAGAAACUGUACCUUCUUACGGCCAAUCACCGAAAGGCCACCAUAGACGUCAUCAAAAAGGAACCAAUGGACUACGACUGACCAAAUAAAUCUUACAUACCAGUUAGAAACAGAAUGAUGUAAGCAUGUCAUCGAUGUAAGCAUUACUAGAAUAGUAAUUGUAAUAAAGCUGAGAACGCAUUGGUAAACAAUUCAAUGGCUCAAAAAUCGGUUCAA